GACGCAGCUUUUACAAACCAGCCGCUCAGCUCUGUGCCGCAUUUUUCCGCCUGGCCAUAAUAAAGCCCGGCUUUAUUAUGGCCAGGCGGUGAGUUAUUGCGCAGUCACGCGUCCCUCCCAGAGGCCGAACCGGACCGGACCGUACCGUAUGAACAGAGGUGUUUCCUCUCUUUACCUUUUCCUUUCUCUUUCCUGCGCUCGGAGCUCGCGCGACACCCGCGUGCAUCGGGACAAGCACCAGCACAGCAUCAUCCAGCAUGGCCACCGUCAGCAAAGCAAACACUGACUUUGCCUUGGAGUUUUUUAACACUCUGAGUGCGGCAAAUCCCACCGGGAACAUCUUCGUCUCCCCGCUGAGCAUCAGCUCAGCCCUGGCGAUGGUCUACCUGGGAGCCAAAGGAAGCACGGCCGCUCAGAUGGCAAAGGUCCUCUCGUUCGGCUCCGGCGUCCACGCAGACUUUCAAACACUCAACGCCGACAUCAACUCUCCUUCUGCAUCGUACAUCCUGAAACUAGCCAACCGCCUUUAUGGAGAAAAGACCAGCAGUUUUCUCCCGAAAUUCCUGGAAGACACAAAUAAGUUCUACCAGGCAACCCUGGAGGCCGUAGAUUUCAUCGGAUCUCCGGAGUCGUGCAGGGCAGAGAUCAACGGCUGGGUGGAGCAGCAGACAGAGAAUAAGAUAAAAGACCUUCUGAAGCCUGGAAUGGUCACUCCAAACACGAGACUGGCUCUGGUGAACGCCAUCUACUUCAAAGGAAACUGGUUGAACCGCUUUGAUGUGGCCAACACCAAGGAGAUGCCUUUCAAGGUCAACCAGAAUGAGUCCAAAACAGUCCAGAUGAUGUACCAGAUGAAGAAGCUUCCUUACAACUACAUCCCAGAGUUUGGGCUGCAGAUCCUGGAGCUGCCGUAUGUGAAGGAAGAGCUCAGCAUGUUCAUCCUGCUGCCCGCGGAGUCUGCGGAUGGUUCUGACCCUCUGCUGAAGCUGGAGAAGGAGCUGACGCAGGAGAGGCUGAACGAGUGGACCAACAGGGCAAACAUGGACGUCCACUCGGAGGUCCUCGUCCACCUGCCGCAGUUCAAGCUGGAGGAGGAGUACGAGCUGAACGAGCACCUGGCUAAACUGGGCAUGACAGAUGUGUUCUGCUCGGCCAAGUCCGACCUGUCGGGCAUGAAUGGAGAGGGGGGGCUGUUCUUGUCAACGGUGGCCCACAAGGCCUUCGUGGAGGUGAACGAAGAGGGCACGGAAGCAGCUGCAGCCACAGCUGGAAUGGUGGCUUUCUGCAUGCUGCGGGAGGAGCACUUCACAGCAGAUCACCCCUUCCUCUUCUUCAUCAGGCACAAUAAGACCAAGUCCAUCCUGUUCUUCGGCAGGUUCUCUUCUCCUCAGUAGACCCGACAGCUGUGGGAGGUGGAGCAAUUCAAGCAAGACCAGCAAAUGUCUACAAAUAAACCAGUUUCACACCCUU